AUGCCACCGUCGUAUGAGAUAGCAGCUCUGAUACAAAAAUGCACCUCCGUAACCUCGCCGAAACAAGCGCGGCAGCUCCACGCUCUCCUCCUUACCACCACCACCGACGGCUCGCGCCCGCCGCACCUGUACAACAAUGUCAUAUCCAAGUACUGGCGAUGUGGAUCGCUUGGGGACUCGCGGAAGAUGUUUGACAAAAUGCCUCAACGAAAUCUGGUUUCAUUCAAUGCGCUCAUUGCGGCCUAUUCCUGGGACUCAAACAGUGCGAUUUUGGCUUGUGAGCUAUUUAACGAAAUGGGAGUUGAAUGUCUUAGGCCAAAUGGUUCGACUUUCACGAUCUUACUGCGGGCGUCUUAUACUCUUGAGGAUUGGUUGAUUGGCUCUUUGAUUCAUGCCCAAGUUCUGAAGUUUGGGUUCUUGAGUGAUGUUUAUCUUCAAACUGCUUUACUUGGGAUGUACUCCAACUGUAGGGAUUUGGAAUCAGCGAGGAAAGUUUUUGGCGGGAUGGUUGAAAAAGAUGUUGUUGCUUGGAAUUCAAUGAUUUUUGGGAAUUUGAAGAUUGAUGAGACAGCGGAAGGGCUUUCUCUCUUUGAUGGCAUGUUGAGGACUGGAAUUGUUCCUACUCAAUUCACAUAUUCAAUGGUCUUGACUGCUUGCAACAGAUUAAGAUAUUUUUAUCCGGGGAAACUCAUCCAUGCCCGAGUCAUAGUUUCAAAAACGCUAGCUGAUUUAGCUUUGCAGAAUUCCUUGUUUGACAUGUAUUGCAAUUCUGGUGACACUCGAGUAGCAUUUGGCAUGUUUAAGGGAAUGUGCAACCUGGAUUUGGUCUCUUGGAACACAAUGAUUUCUGGGUGUUCGGAACAUGGUGAUGUCAUCAAAUCCGCAACAGGCACAGAUCUAGUUUCCAACUAUGGCAAGUCACUUCACGGACAGGUCACAAAAGCAGGAUUUGAGAAGAGCAUUUUUGUAGGAACUGCACUAGUGUCUAUGUAUUUUCGAAAUGCUGAAUCGGAUGAUGCUCAGAAGGUGUUUUAUCCCAUCAUAAAGAAGGAUGUUGUUCUAUGGACUGAGAUGAUCAUGGGUUUUUCGAGAUUGACUGAUGGGGAGAAUGCAAUUAAGUUCUUUUAUGAAAUGUGCCAGGAAGACCAUAAGAUUGACAGCUUUGCUCUCAGUGGAGUGUUGAGUGCUUUGUUCCGACCUUGCCAUGCUAAAACAAGGUGA